UUAGGGUUAGAGCACAGCUCGGGGUUCGCGGUGUUAGCGUUAGGGCCGAGCUCGGGGUGGAAGGAAGAAGGGCUAGGGUAGCGCCGAGGCCUGUGCUCGUUAGGGUCAGGGAGGAAGCGACCGAGCUAACCAGGAGGAGGCCGGGCACGCUGUGCUUUACACGGCCCCCAACGCGCUCUGCUUCAAAUACUACACACACCACUCGACAGCUGCCAAGACAUCAGGCUCGUUCCCAAGGCUCCUCUUCAACUCGGCCCAGAACGCAUACGACGGCCGUGCCUGCUUUUCGCCCGUUUUUACACACCACAUCGCACCAAAUGCGCAGCCCGCCGGCUUGAGCACAACGCGCGCCGCGCCUUUUCAUGUGCGCUGCGCGAGACUGUUGCUCUCUAGUCGGCCAGGCCGGGCCACGGGAGACACGAGAAAGCCCAUCCUCGCUCAGCGUGUGCUUCAACGUUUUGAAUCUCGUUUUGCGAGUGGGAUUUUCACCGAGAAAUGCCAUGAGAAAACACAUCUGAGCGCUCGCCGCGUCCGUGCAUUCAUUCAGCGGCGCGCGAGUUGAGUCUACAACGCUCUCAUAUCUGUUUUUAAGACCAGCCCCCGGCCGCGGGGAGGGAGGAUCAUCCUGUGUUACACACUAACGUACAGCGUACGACUCGUGUAUUCUACGUAGUUCCAAGAGAGAUGGCAGAAGUCGCACCCGUUCCUGCCGCCGCGCCGGCCAAAGCGCCCAAGAAGAAAGCAGCUUCGAGAGCAAAAAAAGCCGGCCCUAGCGUCGGCGAGCUGAUCGUCAAAGCCGUUUCCUCGUCUAAGGAGAGGAGCGGCGUGUCUCUCGCUGCCCUGAAGAAAGCGCUGGCUGCCGGCGGAUACGAUGUGGAGAAGAACAACUCCCGCGUCAAGAUCGCCGUUAAGGGUCUCGUGACUAAAGGCACUCUGGUGCAGACCAAAGGGACCGGCGCGUCUGGCUCUUUCAAGCUGAACAAGAAGCAGACCGAAGCCAAGAAGCCCGUGAAGAAAGCCGCGCCCAAAGCGAAAAAGCCCGCCGCUACUAAGAAGCCCAGGAAGGUAGCGGCCAAGAAACCCGCCGCCGCGGCCAAGAAGUCUCCUAAGAAGGCGAAGAAGCCCACAGCCGCCGCAAAGAAAGCCACCAAGAGCCCGAAGAAGGCGAAAAAGCCCGCGACCCCUAAAAAGGCAGCCAAGAGCCCCAAGAAAGCGAAAGCUGUCAAGCCCAAGAGCACAAAGCCUAAAGCGGCAAAGGCGAAGAAGGCAGCACCCAAAAAGAAGUCAGUCUCCCCGGCGCGCGCGCACAGACAUAUGUAGUCAAAUCGGAGGAGCGAGCCAUAAGAUCUGUUAUGACGUCACGUUCAGAGUUCUGUAAGUUUCCUGAUGGUAUGCUUGACGGUUGUUCCCUUUAUGACGCCGCGAAUGUCGAGGUUUUUAAACGUUGUGGUAUCUGAGCUGGCCUCUGUAUUCAUUUGAACGGAGUAGUGUUUAAUCAUUGGUCUAUCUAACCUUUUCAUGUGGUUAGUUUCUUUGUUUGUUCAUCUGUCGUGUUUAAGAAUGGACACUGAAAUAAUAUAUCCAGAUAUCUGUACAGCUGCUUUGUGACAAUGUAAACUUAAAAAAACCCCAACAUUUCCAUGUCUAGAGAAGAGGGUGCGUUCUUUAAAAAUUAAAUCAUAAUGAUGAUGCUGUGAAACAGUUCAGAAGCUCCGUGUAUUGUCCUUGAUACGUGAAAACUAGACAAUGCACAGUAAUAACGCUGAUGAGCUGCGCCAGUGUAAAAUAGCCCAAACCUACCUU